AUGGCAGAUCAAUCAUAAGCAGAAUAUUUGAACUUAAAAGUCAAAUCACAAGAUGGUGAAGAGGUUUUCUUUAAAAUCAAAAAGGCCACAUAAUUUAAGAAAUUGAUGGAUGCCUAUUGUUCUAGGCAAAAUCUCCAAAUCUAAAAUGUGAGAUUCUUGUUUGAUGGAGAAAGGAUUUUGGAGACCUAAACACCCGCAGAUAUUGGAAUGGAAACCGGAGACGAGAUUGAUGUUGUAAUUGAAUAAGUUGGUGGAUAUAAAAUAAUGUGAUGCUAUCAUUAUAUUUUAUAACAUAUAAUCUAUACUCACCAUCUUUCCUUUU